CUCCGUUUUGCACAACGUUUUAAAUCCGCGCAGUUUUAAGACGGAAUGAAACCGUUGCAACUUUGAGCGUCCAGACGGUACAGUCUUGACGGUGCAGUCUUGUAUUUUCCGCUCAGUUUUGUGUGAUAUCGCCAUGGAGGAGGUUCUCCUGUGGUCAAUUUUCGCCUGCUGUAUUGUAAAAAAAAAAAAGAUUGGAACACAUCAGAGGAACCGUUCGUUCAAAAUGGUCACGGAAAUGGCUUUUGAAAAGGCGGGACUUUUCCCAUAUAAGAUUAUUGAGUGAAUUACGUGACGAACCUAAUGAUUGGCGAAACUACUUGAGAAUGGACAUGGACACGUAUAUUUACUUAUUGGAAUUAGUGACACCGCAUAUCAAGAAAGAAAAUACUUGUAUGAGAGCAGCAAUAUCACCACAUGAAAGGCUAACAGCAACUUUAAGAUUUUUGGCAACCGGCAGAAGUUACAAAGACCUGGAGUUCACAACAAUUAUAUCAAAACAAUCGCUAAGUGAAAUCAUUCCCGAAACAUGUGAAGCUAUCUAUCUACAAGGUGCUGAAGAAGGAUUACUUGAAGUUAUGUGGCAUAGGCUGCGGCUGCUGCGAGAAGGAGUGUUUCCCAAGACUGAAGAGGAGUGGAUGGAAUUUGCAGCGGAGUUUGAAAGAAUGUGGCAGUUCCCUCAUUGUUUAGGGUCAAUUGACGGAAAACAUAUUAGAAUUGUGCCACCUAAAGGAAGUGGGUCCUAUUAUUUCAAUUACAAAAAAACACACAGUGUUGUUCUUAUGGCAAUAGCCAAUGCCAAUUGCGAGUUUUUGUAUUGUGAUAUAGGAACAAACGGUCGGAUCUCAGAUGGAGGAGUCAUAAAUAACACUCAAUUUUAUGAAAAACUCGUUAACAACGAGUUAAAAAUUCCAAAACCCCGAUCCAUUGGAAGUUCAAACAGAGUUUUAAGAUAUGUUUUUGUUGGGGAUGAAGCCUUCGCUAUGCGUCCAGACCUUCUCAAACCAUAUCGACGAGAAACAUUAACAAGGGACCGAAGAAUUUUUAAUUACCGCCUAUCUAGGGCGAGGCGUGUUGUUGAAAACACAUUCGGCAUUUUGGCUUCCCGAUUUCGUAUUUUCCACACAAGUAUUAAUUUAAAGAUGCACAACGUCGAUACUGUAGUUCUUGCGUGUUGCGCUUUACACAAAUUUUUGCGGAGAAAGUCCCCCCAAAACUACACCCCUCCAGAAAGUAUGGAUCAGGAAAAUAUUUCUGAAUGUACUGUUCAAUUAGGUGAAAGAUGUAACCCAGAAUUAGUGCACGACCUACAGCGUGGACCAAGAGGCCACAUGUUGAACAAUGCUAACGGGGUCAGAGAUCAUUUCAAGGAGUACUUUAACAAUGAGGGGUCUGUUCCUUGGCAAGAUAGAUUUAUAACUUUAAACAAUUAAUGGCGUACAUAAAUAAUUAUUUGGUACUUGUAAUUUUUUAGUAGACACUUGUAAUAAACAUUGUAAAAGCUGAUUGUACCUAUUAAAUAAAAGAAUAUGUUUCAGUUAAUAAAGCGAUUAGGUAAUAAUA